UCACAUCAAAGGUAUAAAAAUUUGAGCUAAAAAGGGAAUCUUCAGCUGCUUCAACUGUUGUGUUAGAGCUUGAAGGUAUUUAUUAAUAGAGACAGCGAGGAGAUGAAUCUUCUUCAGCUGUUUCAAUUAUCCAUAAUCGUAAUAGUAAUGAUUUGAAAACCAAUGGGAAAUGGUAGUGGAAACUUUUCACAUGUAUACUCUUCUUCGGAAGCGCGGAGCAUUUAUCAAGUCUAACCAUGCGAUGUUUUGGCAAAUGUGAAGUGUACUUAAUUUCUCUCUUUCUUUUGUAAUUCUGUGGUUUCAUGCAGAUCGGUUAGGUGGAUACAUUACUACGAUGAAGAGUUUAAGAUCAUACAAGAUAAUGUUUGCCAUUUAACAAUGAAACAGAUGCGUUACUGAUCUUUUUCAAUCAUCCUGCUCAAGUCUUUAAACUCACUAGCUGCCAUAAAGAUAAACUUUUGACAGAUUGUAGGUUAACUGCGUUUGAUUAGAUAAAGCAAUUGAAAAAGUAUUACAUUUAGAAUGGUCAGGUUUUCUUAACAACAAAGUUGAUAUUCCCGAGUUGGUCUUAUUCAGACUAAGGUUCUGAACCGAAAGGUUGCGGGUUCAAAGCCUACUGUUAACAAUAUUUUUUUGUUUUUUUUAUUUAUUCUAAAAACAGUGCUUGUUACUGAUUCCGCCUAAGCUGUCGAUCUAAACAUCUCCUUUGGCCAACGAUAGAUCAGGCUGGAUCGGAUCAUAUGUAACUCAGUUGGAAAAGUCCUUCUUCAUAGCAGAAGGUCCUUUAGUGGUGUAAGAUCCCGGCCCACGCGGACUUGCUGGAUGUUAUGUUGAAACACCUUUACAUUGAAAAAUUGUUUAAUUUGCAACCAAAAUCAAUAUUAGAUACUGCUAUUAACAAAUCAACCAAUUUAAGACAUACUCUCUAAACUAAAAAAAGAAGCACUAACUGAUUCCAAAUCUCCGAAAAACACACCUGUAAAAACUCGUGAUUCUUCCUAAAUAUAGAAAUUUAUUUUAAGCUAAAAUCUUUCACUAAUAACAACCUAAAAACAUUUUAGUUAUUAAGACAACAACGACCACCCAAAGACACAUAAAAAAGAAAUUCACCCACUGUAAACAAAGACAACACACAAGAAUCAAUCAAAGAAAACAGACACAUCUUCGAGAUCAAACAAAGCCAAUUUCAUUCAUCGCCGCCUUCUCCACAUGGCCGGAAGAGCAGCAAUGCUCGUUAACGUCGGUACGGUUGUAAUAACCGUUUUGACCCUGGCUAGUUUUGUCGAAGGCUUCGGUGUCAAUUGGGGUAAUAUCGCAUCACAUCCGCUGAAUCCUGAUAUUGUUGUUAGGAUGCUUAAGGAGAACAAGAUCAACAAAGUAAAGCUUUUUGACGCUGAUUCAUGGACAAUGAAUGCUUUGGCCGGUUCGGGCAUGGAGGUUAUGGUCGGAAUCCCUAAUAACCUUCUUGAAACUCUAGCCGAUGAUUACGGUAAUGCUAAAGAUUGGGUCAAAGAAAAUAUCACUGCUUACAUGCGCAAGGAUGGCGUCAACAUCAAGUACGUGGCUGUGGGGAACGAGCCGUUCUUGUCAGCAUACAAUGGAUCAUACUUGAAAACAACGUUUCCAGCUUUAAAGAACAUUCACAGAGCGUUAAAAGAGGCCGGACAUACCGAUGUAAUGAAAGCCACGAUCCCACAAAACGCUGAAGUUUACGAAUCAGCUAACGAUAAGCCAUCAGAAGGCGAUUUCCGCAGCGACGUUAAGCAAAUAAUGCUCGACAUCGUCAAGUUCUUCCAUGAUAAUGAUUUGCCUUUCACCGUCAACAUUUACCCUUUCCUUAGUCUUUAUCUGAACGAACAUUUUCCCGUCGAAUAUGCGUUUUUCGAUGGUAAUGGUCAGACUAUUCCUGAUAACGGAAAGAAUUACGAUAACGUGUUUGAUGCGAAUUACGACACGCUGGUUUACGCGUUGAAUAAAGCUGGGAUUAAAGAUAUGAAGAUUAUCGUUGGAGAGGUUGGGUGGCCAACGGAUGGUCAUAAAUAUGCGACGCCGAAACUAGCAGAGAAGUUCUAUGCAGGACUUAUGAAAAGACUUGCUAAGGAUGUUGGGACUCCAUUGAGACCUGAGAAAUUAGAAGUUUAUCUCUUUGGUUUGCUAGACGAAGACAUGAAGAGUAUUCUUCCUGGACCAUUCGAAAGACAUUGGGGAAUCUUCAGAUACGAUGGAACACCGAAGUUUAUGCUAGAUUUCACGGGACAAGGACGCAAGAUCGUACCUGUGGCAGCCAAAGGUGUGCAAUACUUAGAUAAGCAAUGGUGCGUUGUGAACAAAGACACGAUCAAUCUAGAUGAAGUUGGUCCGGACCUAGACUAUGCGUGUUACCAUGGCGACUGCACCUCGAUGCUUUACGGGUCCACAUGCAGUAACCUCGACAAAAUCCAAAACAUAUCGUAUGCAUUUAACAUGUUUUUCCAGAUUCAGGGCCAAGACGUUAGGGCUUGUGAUUUCAGAGGAUCUGCUAUGAUUACUAAGAACAAUGCAUCCGUCGGAAGUUGCUUGUUCCCUAUUCAGAUCGUUAGUGGAAGUGACGAUUUCAGGAUCAGCUUUGUGUUCGGAAGAUUCAUUGUCGCUGGACUUAUUCUUCUUGGAUUAGUCACGGCUAUAUAAUUUGUCUGUUUGUUUGUUUUUGCACUUUUGGGGUAUUUAUUCUAUUCGAUUAAUUGUUAUAUAUUGUUCGUUUGUUAACAUUUGAGUUAGUACUCCUGUUGUCAAAAAAAAGAAAGAAAGAAGAGAGUUUAUAGUGAUUUUUCCGUUUGAA